AUGGCUAGCUUUCAGUUUGUGGCUCGCUCUGUUAUGGCAAUGGCUGUUCUUUAUGUGGUGGUUGGUUUUGAAGAUAAAAGGGGACAAAUUGGUUUUGAAGAUAAAAGGGGACAAAUUUAUGGUAAUGGAUGGAAUUAUGCUCAUGCUACAUUCUAUGGAGACAUGAAUGGUGAUGAUACCAUGGGGGGUGCUUGUGGAUAUGGAAACUUACAUGAUCAAGGAUAUGGUCUCGAGACGACAGCAUUAAGCACUGCACUCUUCGACAAAGGAGCCACAUGCGGAUCUUGCUACCAGCUAAUGUGCAUAAACGACUCUCGUUGGUGCAUCCCGGGCAUAAUUCGAGUGACCGCCACCAACUUUUGCCCUCCAAACUACACAAAGACCGAAGGAGUCUGGUGCAACCCGCCUCAAAAACACUUCGAUUUGUCUAUGCCCAUGUUCCUGAAAAUCGCGCAAUAUAAGGCUGGAAUAGUUCCCGUGGUUUAUCGGAGAAUAAUGUGCAAUAAACGAGGUGGGAUAAAGUUUGAGAUCAAGGGAAAUCCAUAUUGGAUGCUUGUGUUAGUUUAUAAUGUGGGGGGUGUUGGGAAUGUUGUGUCUGUGAAAGUUAAGGGUUCUAGGACUAAUUGGGUGCCAAUGUCAAGAAAUUGGGGGCAAAAUUGGCAAACUUGGGAAAAGUUUCAAGGGCAGAGUUUGUCUUUUCAAGUGACAACUAGUGAUGGUAGGAUGGUUCAAUCAAACAAUGUUGCUCUGGAUAAUUGGGAGUUUGGUCAGACUUAUGAGGGAGAAAAUUUUAGAGGUUCAGGCUGGAAUUAG